AUGGACUAUUCAGAUAACGAACAAGAAUAUGAAAAACUACCAAGAGUUAAUAAAAAAUGGAUAAUUAAAGAAUCUAAAAAACUUCCAAUUAAAUUACCUGAUGGAAAACUCCAACACAAAAUUCUAGUAAUAACCAAAAAGGAAUAUAUUAUUCAAAAGAAAAAAGAAUUGGGACAAAUUGCUAAAAAGAUUUUAGAAGAUCCUGAAACUAAUAAAUUAAGAGAUAUUGCAAUGGAUGAUAAUAUCAAAAUAAGAAAAUUGGCACUUUUGACUCAAUUAGUAGUUUAUAAAGAUAUAAUACCAGGACAAUUAACCGAUAAAGAAAAAGCUGUUAAGGUAUCUAAAGAAGUUAAAAAGUUACGAAAUUAUGAACAAGAUUUAUUAUCAAAUUAUCAGAAAUAUUUGAAUUUACUUGAGGACUAUAUAAAAGAAAACUCGAAAAACCCGACAAAUAACAAUGAUAAUGAUAGGAAUGUGAAGGAUCAAAAAUCCCUAGUUGUCACUGCAUUAAGAUGUGUAUGUGAAUUGUUGACAUCAGUUACUCAUUUUAAUUUUAGAUUAAACUUGAUGAACAUUAUUAUUGGAAGGAUGAGUAAAAAAACUUUUACAAAGAUGACAGCGAUUUGUUGCGAUUCUAUAAUUGAAUUAUUUAAGAAUGAUGAAUCAGGAGAAGCGAGUUUGGACGCAGUUAAAUUGAUGACAAAAAUGAUUAAAUUUAAAAAUUAUACUGUUCAUGAAGAGAAAAAAAGAAAAAUGGAAAAUAAGUUGGCAUCAAAAAAGCAUUUAUCAAGAAAAACGAGAAAAUGGGAAAAAGAAAAGAAGAAAAAAGAAAUUGAAAUGAAAGAGGUCGAGGCAGUUGUUGAUAAAAAGGAAAAAGAAAAUAGACAAACUGAAACUUUGAAAUUAGUGUUUAUAACAUAUUUUAGAAUAUUAAAACAUGCAAACGGUUCAAAUUUAUUGUUACCAGUUUUGGAAGGAUUAGCAAAAUUUUCACAUUUGAUAAAUAUCGAUUUUUUUAAUGAUUUAUUAGAAGUUUUAAAAAAAAUAAUGGUUGACUGUAUACCGGAAGAAGAUAAUGUGGCGGUGGCAAAGAAUAGAAAAAUAAAAGUUGUUGGUAAUUCCGGUAUGGAAAGAAUUGAUACACGUAAAUGUUUGUUAUGCAUCAUUACAACGUUUCAAUUACUUUCUGGUCAAGAUUUACAAGACUUUUAUAAACAAUUCUACACAAUAAUAUUACCACUUGCUUUGAAUCCAAAUCUUGAUUCUAAAAUAAGAAAAUCAGAAAUGAUUCCUAUUAACAGAUCAGCAUCUUUUCUAAAAAGAUUAUCAAUUGCAAGUUUAAAUUGGUCAAAUGAAACAGUUUUAAAAUGUUUAAAUACAAUAGAGAAAAUGAUCAAAAGACAAAUUUGUUUGGAAACAUUUUUAUCAUCAGAAGAUAAGAUUACCAACGGAAUUUAUAAACCUGAAUUAAAUGAUCCAGAAUUAUGUAAUCCUUUUGCUACAAGUUUAUGGGAACUAAGUUUACUUGAAAUCUAA